GUCAGUGGCUGAGCCAUUCCCUGGAUGGAGAUACUGUAACCGGCCGUGUCCUGUGUCUCUCCAUCACCCUGUAGGACACACAAUGGCUCUGUCCACUAUUCAGAGGGUGGCCUUGUUCUCCGGCCUGGUGCUGUGCGUGUCUCUGCUUCUGCCCAAAACCUUCCUGAGCAGAGGGAAGCAGCCUGGGCAGCAGGAGGGGAAUUCUGGACACUUUUCAGCGGCUUCCCAUGGAAAACCUGCGGAUGGAAGGACUGCCGGCAACUUUUUCCCAAGAUCCCAUAUGUCGGAAGCUAUGUCGAAGGCCAAGGCUGGGGGUGGCGGAGGCGGUGGUGGCGGCAGACAAAGCUUAGUGGGGCAGAUAAUACCCAUCUAUGGGUUUGGAAUAUUGUUAUACAUCCUGUACAUCCUCUUCAAGCUUUCGUCCAAAGGGAAAAAUGCGAAGCUUGAGCCACGAAGUGUGCCGAUAGCAAAUGGGAACCUGAAGAGGAAGAUAACUGACUACGAGCUCAGCCAACUGCAAGAUAAACUUAAAGAAACCGAAGAAGCGAUGGAAAAAAUUAUCUCCCGCCUGGGACCCAACAGCGAGAGGGUGGAUAACGUCAGCACCAAUGAGGAGCAACAGUUACUGGAGAGAUUGAAGGAGAUCACCAGAGUCAUGAAAGAGGGCAAGAUUCUGGAUGGGGUCUCCCCGGAACAAGAGGCGGAGGAAGCUCCGUACAUGGAGAACUGGGAAGGUUACCCGGAAGAGACAUAUCCUGUGUAUGACCCAUCAGCUUGCAAGCGGAGGCCCCAAACGAUUUUCGUAGACUGCUCUGUGCUGUCCCAGCCCUCAGCAGAGGAGAUUGCGGAGCAGAUGGAAUUUGCCGAAGUCUACGAUCGUUUAUACGCAGAGAACCCUGAAGACGACAGCGGUAAUGCCGCAGCAGAAUACAAACUCUAUACUGAUCCUCCACAUAGCUGUACCAUCACCCCCAAGGAAGAGCUCUGCGACGAAGAUAGUGCUGAGAUGUGGUGCGAUAGUGAGGAUGAGGAAGAUGAUCCAGCGAUUAUAGCGGAGAACGCGGGGUUCAGCUCCGACAGUUGCAGCGAAGGGGAUCCCUCUGCGGGUGAUUGUACCACCAAGUCACCCAUGGACGGAGAGCCACCAGGAUCAGUCACCGACUCCAACCAAGAUGGAACAGACACUGUACGGAAAAGGAGCAAAAAGUCAUCGGAAUGCUAAACAUUCCGGAAUGCGUUCUUGUGGUGAUUGGUUAGGUGCUCCUUCCAUACACAGGUGUUGUGGGACAGGGGAACCAAAUUGUCUAUUUGUAAACUCAAGCAUGGAGCAGAUAUGGUGAUCAUUAUUACUACCAGAAGGCACUAUGGCCCAGAGGGCAAACUAUUCACACUUGGGCCUCUAGGUGCUACUCAUUAGCUAGAGAGCCUUAUCCAUAUUAUAGCAUGGAUUAACUCUGCAAUCCUAUGUCCUGAAAUGGGGAGAUGUAGCCUCUGCUCUUCAUCUAGACUGCUGGUUUCAAAAUGCUGGCUAUAAUAGAGAUAUCUGACAGCGCAAUGUUAUAUCUUUACAUGCGUCAUCUUCUCUGCAGUGCAAAAUUCCUAGUUGUGUUGCAUGAACAUCACCGUGUGCCGCUCUUAUUUCAUGCUGACUGGGUCGUACUAAAGAACUGCAAUCAUACGAAGCUGUAGAACAAGUAAAAGGAUUUUCAGAUUGUCCCUAGUAGGGUGUUCAUCACUGUGCCAUUUUUAACUUUUAGUCUAUUACUGUUCUUGCUGUAAUCUGUAGCAUGCAUAUAUAAUGCAUUUACCGUCCAGUGUUCCUGUGAGACAAGAAUCAUCGAUACCAUCUAUACCACCAAGCACGUUCCCUGCAACCUAUAUUAUACAAGCAAUAGUUACCGACUUGCUAGCACUCCCAAGGAAGUAAAUUGCACAGCAAAUAGUGUCCCAGAUAGUGCGGAGAGAACAACAUUUUGACAUCUGACAGUGAGUUGUCAAGUGUGUACGUUUAAGGGUUCUGAACAACUUUAGUAGAGAAUGCAUCACAGAAAUAAAGGAUUAUUAACCAGAUAUUGCAGCUAUCUCCUGCAUUAAUGGCAGAAUUAGAGCACACUGUCAUCCCAAUACACUGCUAUUGUGCAAUCAAGCUCCGUAAAUCUAAAGGUUUUUUAGCAGUGGACUGCGAUAGCUAUUGAUACAUUGGCUUGCUCUUUCCUAGGACAGCGCUACCGGAGUGGGAUGAGGUAUCCAAUUAGAUCUCUCCGCCUUCGCAGGCUCUCACAAAGCGCAUGCGGGACCUAAGGUAGAGCAUGCAUUGUAUUCUGACAUACUGCAUAUCCGAGCUGAUGUCCUGGGUAAUUGCCUCCAAACUCGUUCCAAAAUGCCUCAAAUAACGGCGAUAUGGGGAACAGUAAAAUUUGGGGCACAUCUUACAAUCUUGACAAAUAGGCCCCCUAGAGGCAGAAUUUACAGUGCAGCUACAUGAACAGUGUGGAGGUCAUUUUGAACAUGUAAACACUGAGAAGAGGGUUGAUAAUAUACUGGGGACGUAGUUGAGGACAGACUUAUAUGAGGUGGUAAGGCUCUUUUAUUGAUCUCAUUGAAAUGAAAGUGCCAAUGUAUUUCUUAAUAUUAAACAAUAGAACAGGCAAUUUGCAUUCCAUGUAUAGAGCUGGGCUGCGCUACUAGGUGAUUACUGGACUCGGAAAUAAAAGUGCCAUUUACUAGUUAUAUUUGUUGGGUUUUUUUCACUCUUGCUACAAUCAGACUAUUUGUGACUACCAUUAAAUAAAGAAGUACAUAAUGUUCUUUGCUAUUUUC